AUGGAGGACGAGGACUACGACUACGACAACUCCAGCUCCAACGACAGUGACUACUACGACGACUACCACUCGGUGUGCGACAAAGCGGAGGUGCGUUCUUUCGGCCGUCUCUUCCUGCCCGUAGUCUACGCCUUGGCUCUGGUGGUGGGCGUGGCAGGCAACGCUCUGGUCGUGGUGGUGUAUACGUCGCCACGGCGACUGCGGACGCUGACAGACGUGUGUAUCCUGAAUCUUGCUGUGGCCGAUUUACUCCUUCUCCUCACGCUGCCCUUCUGGGCGGCCGACGCCGUGCACGGCUGGCGGAUCGGCGUGGUCGCCUGCAAGCUCACCUCCUUCCUCUAUGCCACCAACUUCAGCUGCGGCAUGCUGCUGCUAACCUGCGUUAGCGUGGACCGCUACCGUGCACUGGUCCACAACGCUGGAGGCCGGGCCGCGAGUGGCCCGCGGGCCAGGAGAAAGUGGAUAUUAGUGUGUGCCAUGGUGUGGGCCACGGCGGUUUGCCUGGGCCUGCCUGACAUGCUGUUCGCCACGGUGAAGCCCUCGUCUCAUCGUCUAGCUUGCACGGCCGUCUACCCCCUCAGCAUGGCUCGGCCGACCAAGGCUGCCCUGGAGCUGUUGGAGGUGCUGCUGAGCUUCCUGCUGCCGUUCCUGGUCAUGGGGGUGUCUUACUGCCGGGUGGGCCUGGCGCUGGUUAGGGUCGGAGCCAAUGUGUGCAGGGAGAGGAGGCGGCGGGCCCUGCGGGUGCUGCUGGCUGUGGUGGCGGUGUUCCUGCUCACCCAGCUGCCCUACAACCUGGUGAAGCUGUGGCGGACGCUAGACGUCAUCUACGGCCUGGUGACCGACUGUGACCUCAGUAAGGGUCUGGACCGGGCUCUCCAGGUGACGGAGAGCCUGGCGCUCACACACUGCUGCUUCAACCCAAUGCUCUACGCCUUCAUAGGCUCCUCUUUCAGAGGACAUGUCCUCAGGGUCGCCAAGCGCCUCGGACAGCGCCUCGGGGGGAGGUGGUGCGGUGGUCGCCAUGGCAAUGAGGAGCGGGCGUUGGAGAUCUCGCUAAAUACACAUGCCCCCGCCAGGCAAACACACUCACACUCUGUCUCGGAGGACGAGGACACCAGCACCUUCACCAUUUAACAAUCUCUGAACUCUCAUUUUGGUGAGAAUGGCUCACCACAGAUCAUGGCGACCGAGAGGGCAAAUGCACAACACUUCUAUUGACUUCUCUGAAAAUACUUAAAGGGCCAUCUGGGAUUCAAAAAACCACACAGCAGUCAAACAAGCUUAUAUUUGGGGUUCUGUUGGGGUAAGAAUUUAACUAAGCUCAUGAGGCAUUUAUAAGUUACAUUAUUCACAAAUAAAUGGCUAUAUCGUUCAUUUAAAAGGUCCAAAAAUGAAUGUACCAA